AUGAAACCAGGAGAAUGCCAACAAAAGAACUUUACCGCUUGGCAGUCAGAAUAUAAUCAAGCAGCAACAACACAAAGAUUAAAUUGGAAGAAAGAAGAAGACCAGGCGUUAAUUAUUGAAAAUAAUGCUCCAUCACCAAAGGCCUCCUUACGAUUUAAAAUUUAUCAUAGAAGGCAAAGAGCAACUGCAAAAUGGGUUGGACAGUUCAUCAAAAGUGAAAAUAUACCACAUCGCCACCACCAAAUCACUAUCACAACCAAUAAUGCAGUUCUUAUCUCCAAUGCAAUUCCUGCAGCCAAUACAAUCACCAUCAUUGUCAUUAUCUCCAAUACAAUCAUUACAAUUACUGCAAUUGCCACCAGCCAAAAAAUCGUUGCAUUUGGUAAUGUAAUGUUUAAUGUUUGCAUGAAGAGUAAACGAGCAGACGAAUCUGGAAUACCAAAAGUUUCUGAAAAUCCGCCUGUUUAUCAAUUGGGAGAAAUGAGGCAUGCUGAAAAAUGUUUUUACAUAUUGAAAAGAUAUCGUUAUUGGAAUCCUGGUUAUGUCGGUUUUGACACAGAGACAACAGUGUUCAGACAAAAAGAUCGUCGGCUAGUUUCAAUGAUACAAUUGGCAACGCGCGAUUUCUGUUUUCUAUUUCAAGUAUAUAGAAUCACAGGAGGUCAUUCCGACUACUUUCCAAGACAAUUAAAGAAUUUUCUUUGUGAUGGGAGAAUAUUAAAGGUCGGUGUUAAUGCUACAGGCGAUAGUAAUUGGUUGAGAGAUUCGUAUGAUUUCGAGUGCAACGGUUUGGUAGAUUUGGAGAAAAUGGCUCACAGGAAAGGAUAUUCAGCGAAUUCGUUGUCAGAAUUGACAAGGAUGUUUGCUGAUCCUGGCCUUGUGCUAGAAAAAUCAAAAAAAAAACUUUUUAAUUAUAAUUUUGAUCAUCAGUAUUUGACUUCAGAGUUGAUCAUAUACGCUUCGGCGGAUGCCUUUGCUGGAUUUCAGAUUUAUGAGAAUUUGUUAAAAGAUAAUUUGAACGAGGAAUAUUUAAAUUACGAAAAGUUCAAUCCUAAAUCAACGGAAGAAGAGGAUGUUGAAUGUUAUGAACUUUUGAACAAGGAAUUGAUUAGAGGCGAUGAAUAUAGAAAACAUGUUAUAAUACAAAUACUCGAAAAGAGAUAUGACAGAUGGGCCAAAACCAAACCAAAAUCAGAUGAUCGAUAUCUUGCAGCCCUUGAUGCAUUUGACAGAUUUAUUGAAAAUAAUAGUUAUUUUUUCGAAUAUUGUAAUGGAAAAGGAUUAACACAAGAAGAAUCUGAUUUGUUAAAGAAAGUAUGGAAAUUCGUUUUAUUAAAAGACAUACACAAAGAUUCACUAGCUCGUGUAUAUAUGAACAAUAGGACGAUCGAUUCAAUGACACGCAAAGGUGUAUUUGUUUAUGGAGAAAAAUACGGUUUUGUCAUAAUAAAUCAGAUUUGGUUAAAAGAUUUUGAAAAAAGUUAUGAGAAUUUUAUUGAAAGUGAGAAAGCACUAUCGGAAAGUUGUAUUAUUGUUGAUGAGAAUAAUCAGCAGGAGAAAGAUUCAGCCUAA